AUGCCGCUCUGCCUCCUUCGGGACCCCACUCCCCACCCCGGAACUCCGCUGAAGGUCAGGAAAAAAAGUGCGAGUGAUUACCUCAGGCUGUCCUCCAGGGUCUCCUCGUCGGAAGAGAAGGUCCCAUUGCUGACACUCGGGGGAGAGCGACCCUUGCGCCCUGCAGACGCCUCCCGGGCCGUCGACACCCCGCUUCGCCGCGCAUUUAAGGUGCCUCGUGGAAGCCGAAGCCGCACACCCCGCGUGGCCCCUCCGGCCAGCCGGGCACCUCAGAUGAGAAGUGCACCCAGGCCAGCGCCCGCAGCUCAGCCGCCCGCAGCGGCUCCACCAUCUGCCGUUGGCUCCCCUGCUUCUGCUCCCCGGCAGCCAGGUCUGAUGGCCCAGAUGGCAGCCACUGCAGCCGGCGUGGCUGUGGGUUCUGCCAUCGGCCACACUCUGGGUCAUGCCCUCCCUGGUGGCUUCAGUGGAGGAAGUAAUGCUGAGCCCUCAAGGCUUGACAUCUCUUACCAGGAGCCUCAGGGAACCCAGCCUGCACAGCAGCAGCAGAGUGGCCCAUGCUUUUUUGAGGUGAAACAGUUUUUGGAGUGUGCCCAGAACCAGGGUGACCUUAAGCUUUGUGAAGGCUUCAGCGAGGUGCUGAAAACAUCACAAAGUUUUCAAGAUUCUGGCCUCCUAUGA